CCCUCCAGCGCCAAUGGUGCCCUCCAUCUGUCCAACCUGCGCUCAACCCAUUCCGCCAGCACAAACGCCACCACCACCACCUGAAGAAACCCUCCAGUCAACCACCACACCCGAAGCGCCUUUUCCACCCACCCCCAUCGUCACCCUCCCCAACUGCACUAUCCGGCCAUAUCACCCCCGCGACAUUCCCAGCCUCGCCCUCCAUGCCAACAACCCCAACAUCGCCAAGUGGAUGACAAACCUCUUCCCCACACCUUAUACGCUCGCCGAUUCAGAGCACUGGGUCAUGAUGAACGUGCCCAAGCCCAGUACCACCUCUCACACAGCAGAUUCGGCUGCAUCCGCAUCCACAGCAGCCGCAGAACCUCCACCUGCAUCCCCAGCCGCCGAAGCAACCUCAAUGCCCGACGUCGCCCAAUUAACCUACCCACCAAUCCUGAAAUACGUUCUUGCCCUUCCAGAGACCUCCACCGCAAUUGGCACCAUCGACAUACGACCAGGCGGUGGCAACGAGUCGCACACAGCAGAGAUAGGCUACUGGGUUGGUGAAGCCUACUGGGGGCGCGGGAUCGCGAGCGGGGCAGUGCGCGCGUUCGUGGAGUGGGCCUUCGCGGCCGUACCGGGGCUGGAGCGCAUUUUUGCGCACUUGUAUGACGAAAACGUGGGGAGUGCGACGGUCUUGAAACGGGCAGGGCUUGUGUGGGAGGGCAAGAUGAGAAGGGCGGCGAUACGGAUGGGGAGGUAUUGGGAUAUGGAGGUUUAUGGAGUGUUGAGGGAGGAGGUGAUGGGUGUGAAGGAUGGGGUAUAGGGAUUGAAAGUGGGAUGGGAUUUGCAAAGGUUGUCUUUUCCGGCUUUUGGGCCCGAGAAGAUUGUCGGACUGUUGGGUGUGAAGGGAAGAAAGUUGUCACACAGGAUGAGAGACGUAUGCAUAGAGAUUACAAGAUAGAGGAAGAAGCGUCUUCCCAGAGCCCAAUGCUCGUAAGGAAUACAAUGAUGUCGCAGCGGCAGCGCCAUCAGCGCGUGAGUGGACCA